CAGCGCCCAGCCUCGCUCUUCCACGUCCUGGUGCUGGCCCUGGUGGUCACCGACCUGCUGGGCACCUGCUCCGUCAGCCCCUUCGUCCUGGCGUCCUACCACCACAACAGCACGCUCAACGCCUUGGCCCGAGGAGGGCAAAUCUGCGCCUACUUCGGCUUUGCCAUGAGUUUCUUCGGCCUCGCCACCAUGCUCAUCCUCUUCACCACGGCGCUGGAGCGCUGCCUGGCCCUGGGGCAGCCUUACUUCUACGAGCGCUUCUUCAGCCCCCGCACGGGCUUGGUUGCUCUACCUGCCAUCUACACCUUCUCUGCCACCUUCUGCUCCUUACCUCUGAUGGGCUUCGGGCGCUACGUCCAGUAUGACCCCGGGACGUGGUGCUUCAUCCAGAUGCGCUUGGGUCCCCAAUGGUGCAACGGCAGCACGGAGGCCGCGGGGAUGAACAUCACCUUCUCGCUGCUCUAUGCCACGCUGCUCCUCUUCCUCAUCCUGGCUGUGCUGCUCUGCAACCUCAGUGUGAUCGUGAACCUGGCCCGCAUGCACCGCCGCGGGCAGAGGACACGACGCCUGGCCAUGCUGGAGCAGCCCCGGGUGGCCACUGGCUGUGGCCGACGCAUGAUCUCCAUGGCUGAGGAGAUUGAUCAUCUCCUGCUCCUCUCCAUCAUGACCAUCACCUUCGUCAUCUGCUCCCUGCCCUUCACGAUCCAUGCCUACGUGAACAAGUACAGUGAGGAAGAGUACAGCAAGUGGGACCUCCUCGUCCUGAGGUUUCUCUCCAUUAAUUCCAUCGUUGACCCUUGGGUCUUCACCAUCCUGAGGCCUCCAGUCCUGCGGCUCAUGCGCUUGGUGCUGUGCUGCCAGUUGACCUCCAGGAACACGGACACCAGGACUUCAUCCCCUGCAAAGACAAAACUGGCAGCACAGCUGGACCCCUGUGGGCAGUAG